UCCCUUUCUCACUUUCACAGUUUGGACAAAAGGCACAACAAGCAUUAUAUUUGCAGUUUACCUUCAAACCGUUCACCGGUAUUCGGGGAGCCAAGAAUCACGUUGCUGCGACUCUUCAAGCGUCCGAUACUGGCCAACAAGCGAGGAAAUUGCACUGACGAACCAAGAGAGGUCCUCCUCCGCGUCUAUGGUGAGAUUUUCUUUGAGGGAGAGACGCCGCUUCUGGACACCGUCAUCUUUUCGUUGCUAUCGGAGAGGAGACAGGCGCCCAAGCUGUAUGGGGUUUUCAGCGAGGGACGACUUGAAGAGUUCAUUCCUUCCCGUGCCUUGAGAACGGAUGAGCUAUCAGACCCAGAACUCUCAACAAUCAUCGCUGGCAAGUUAGCUGGAUUUCAUCAGCUUCAGCUACCACUCUGUAAAGUACCAAGAUGGCUCGAUACCAUGCUAGACAAAUGGUUCAACAAAGCCAUAGGGCUGACUUUCGAAGAUGACAUUAAUCAACAAUUCAUGAAACAGAUCUUGGCCUUUGACCUUGAAUCAGAAAGAAGGUUUAUCAAGAGACUGAUAUCACAGACUAAGAGCCCUGUCGUCUUCUGCCAUAAUGACUGCCAAGAAGGAAACAUACUCCUUACCAGUGGUGAGAACUCCAAUGAGAAGAAUCUCAUAUUGAUUGACUAUGAAUAUUCCAGUUAUAAUUUCAGGGAAUUUGAUUUAGCGAAUCAUUUUGUGGAGUGGUCCAUGAAUUACUGCAUCAAGGAAGCACCCUACUAUUCCCUGAUACCGGAGGAUUUCCCCUCUAGAGGGCAGCAGCUCACCUUCAUCAGGGCUUACAUCGCAGCCAGCCGUCAGAUGGGCAUGUACCAGCCAAGUUGCCAUGGCGAUUCGGCGGAUGAAGAAGAAGCUAUUCUGCAGGAAGUGAAAAGAUUCUGUCCUGUCAGUCAUUUCUUAUGGGCUCUGUGGUCUAUCGUACAAGCCAAGAUAUCUCACACAACCUUUGGAUACAUGGAAUAUGCCGUCGCAAGGUUCAAGGAAUAUUUCCGUCAUAAGGCCUUAAUUCCAGUGGACAUGUUGCCUUCUACUGCUGACCAGAGAAGCCAAGAAAGAGAUGAAAGUGCCUCAAUCCAUCCAAUGGAACAGAGACAAGCUAUCUUGACCUGAACUUUGACCUCUGACCUCUCAUCAUGGAUCAAAUCGGCUUGGGAGAAUGGAACAUUAAUGAUUGAGAUCAUAAACAGUGGUGAUACAAGUGCUGCAGCUCCGUAAUAGCAGUUACGCCAAAAAAAUUAACUGUUAUUAAUUUUGGAGUGGAUGGGUAGUGCAUUGAGCGGAUGUAAGUGAUUGAGUAUUUUACGAGAAUGUGCAGUGCUCUCAGAGUGUCAAACAGACAUGUAAGCCAUACAAAAAGCCUCAUUCCUUUAUAGUUGUUGAAAACAAUGAUCAGGAGUAUCUGAGAUUUUUUUAGACAAUCUAUGAUUUAAACCACUUGUCUUUGAAAUGUAUGUAAUAUUCUGCAAUAUAAAGGUGAUUACCUUUCACUCCAUAGCAUGCAGUGAUAUUAAGGGUCCAUAUUGAUGCUUAUGACCAUUGUCAUAAUCACAGCAAUUAAAAAAAAUGAUUAGCUUCAAAAUCUCGGCUCGUUCUUGUCUGACCUGAAGGUUUGCCAUUAUGAUAACAGCAUUAGCAGUAAAAGAAAAAUUAUUUUUAGAUUCUGAAUGAAGACUAGCAUCCCUUUAUGCUCUGCACAUAUACGUUCUUUGCCAACUUUAGCUUACACUUUGAUGGAGAGCAUCACGAAACCAUUGUUCACUUGUAAAUUACUAAAUAUUUUAUUUUAACAACUCAUUUUCUUACUUUGAUAAAUGUGUGUUAUAUACAAUAUUCAGCUUGCCUUCAAAUAUAGAGGAUAAGAUAUCUUCUAUUGAUCAAUGCAUUUAUCAUGUAAUUCUAAUUCACAACAUUGCAGUUCAGGUAAAUGAUAAAUAAUUAUACAAUAUGAAAAUAAGCAGGUAGACCUAAUGGCUUGAUAAUUUAGAAGGAAUAAUUCAUGGUAGAGUUUAUGAAACAAAAUGAAAUGGGGAAAGUAAUAAAAUGGAGAGUGGAUACUAUAAUGUGUUAUCACACAAUUACAAUGUUGAUUUUUUAAUUAAUGGAAAGAUAGUUUCACCUUUUACUUGGACCAUUCUCUACAACUCUGUUUCACUACCUUUCAAUCGCACUGCAUUCCAUUCAUGUUUUUUUGCAUUGAUAUACAAUAAACUGGAUUGAGCUCGUCUCAUGCUGGCAACGCAAGACUUAGAAGCUACAGGACACAAUUAACAGUAUAUGGGACCAGGCCAAAACGAAGUGUUUCUGGUAGCCUCAAAAGAAUGUGUUGUUGCUCUAUCAAGUUUUUUAUAUCAAUGGUUUUUUUACCACCAACUGGACUAUGGAAAGCCAAUCAUGCAUCUCAAUCCAUUAUAUUUGUUUUGAAUACAUGUACAUGGUGAUGCCUGCUUCAUGCAAAAAUCUGAAUCCAUGCCCCAGUAACACAAAGUUUAGCAAUGAUUGUGGAACAAUUUUUUUUUACGAUUGAUUACAUUGACUGCGUUGUUCAAUCAAUUGUGAAAAUCAAUUUUACAAUCAAUCUUAUAACCAUCGCUUAGCCUUGUGUUACAGGGAUUUUGUAUUCAAUUUUAAUGAAUGUUUCAAGUUGCAGUUCAGUAAUCAUGUAAUGUACAUGUUGAAACUUGCAGUUCUAUGAUCAAAUGUAAAGUUAUGAAUCAAUUCUGAGCCAGAGAAAAUGAUAUUUCUCAACGUUUCAACUCGUCCAGUUCAACAGGCAGUUGAAUAUGUAUGUCUACACCAGGUUUCAACUAUACUCUGUACCACUUUGCCAUUUACAAACAUACCAAUCUUAAUGUACAUAUGGCAUGUCUCACGUUUCAUUGUUCAACAUAUAUGUUGCGGACAUCUCAUCAAUAUUGUUUGUAUGCUGGUACAGGUCAAUAUUCUGUUGUAUAUUUCAUGUGUAAUCUGCUGUGAAGGAAUGCUACUUCCUAUAAUCUGCAAUACAAGAGUACCUGGUGCUUGUUUCAUAUAGCUGAUCAUAAGUUAAGAGCGACUUUAAGAACGACUGGUGAACCUGAAAAUGUACUUUAUGUAUUACAUGGAGCAUAAAGACUCCAGUGCUAAUCUGGUGGAUAUCAUUUACCUUAUGAAAGUAUCACCAGUUGUUCUUAAAUCGCUCUUAAGUUACAAACAGCUUUAUGAAACGGUCUCCAGGGUUGCUUGUCAAUUCUAUCCUGUUAUGUGCCCUUGACUUGGAUUGUUAUUGUACUGGUAGGUGUUCCAUAAAGCUGUUCAUAAUUUUGCAUGACAUUACGCAAGACAGCUGACUCUUUCUUGUUCUUAUGGAGCGUUGCAAAAAACUCGAGAUCAAUUGCAAGUCUUUUUUUGGUCCCUAAAUCAAUCAUGACUUUUGAAAUUGAUUGCGAAUUUGCGAUUGAUUGCUAAUCCUUGAAACAAGGAGUGUAAUCUGAUUUACUUAGCUCAAAUUAAUAUAUCAAUUGUAAAAUUGCAACAGAAUGUCUGCAAACAAUUACAAAUAUUUUCUUGCAACACUCCCUAAGUCGUAUAUCCCUAUGUAGCCGACUUUGCACCUAAGAACAUCUUCCAGUUGUGCGUAAAGUCGUUUGUAACGUUACAAACAGCUCUUCAAAUUCCCACCUACGUGUAGCGUAUUAACAGUAGAAAUUUGUUUUUUCAUCAAUGAUUGUCAAUUAAACAAUACAGUAUCAUGGUACAGGGAUCAAUAGUGCAAUCACCUAUGUUAUGAAGCUGGGCACCGUUGCAUAAAAUUACUAUUAUAGUAACUUUGCCAUCCAGUGGUGACUACCAUGGUAACGCUGAUCAACAGCCAAUCAAAUUCAAGGAUUCAAGACAAGUUGCAAUUGGAUGGCAAAGUUACCACAAUGGUAAAUUUUUAUGCAACGAGGGCCUGGUAUGUCUUACAAUGUAUAAUCAGCUUCACAUUUAAUACCUCAUGUAAUAGACUGGUUCGUAGUAAGCCCAUGUCCCAAAUUACCUCUUAGUGGAUACUAAGAGGAGCUGUAGCUCAGUCAGUAGAGCAGAGGUUUUGGAUUCCAAUGACUCAGGUUUGAUAAGGCAUUAAUCCUGAUUACCAGGUCCCUCGGACAGGACCUCAGGCCAUCAGUCAGUGCUUUCUUAGAAAUCGGGUAAAAAAUCACCACCAAAACAUGCAGAAGUCUUUAUGUACAUAAAGAUAUGGCACUUAUAAAGUAUUACGAGUGUUUGGUAGUUCAGCUAGUUUAAGUUAAUUAAGUAUUCAUGUUUUAUAAUAUAAAACGCUUCGACUUUUUUUUUAAAUUAGGCAGUAUUAUUAUCUCAAAGAUGCAACUGCUCUUCAAAUAUGGAAUUAUUGCAAAAGCUUACACUAAAGUAUGCAGUCUUUUUUUGAAAUGGUAGCCAAUAGCCCAAUCAGCCUACGCAAUUUUUUUUUUUUGGGGGGGGUGUUUAGUAGGGUUUGUAGUUACAUGUAGUACGUUUAAUGAUGCUGGAAUUUACGUAAAUUAGACAAUGACGUGAUCCUGUAUUGUGCCGGCUGAGGUCGGUCUCCUCUCU